AGCAAAAUUUGUUUACCUGAAAAAGCUAAUGCUAAAGCGAGCGUUUUUCCAGUCCAAACAUUAAAUUCAAUCCCUCUGAAUAUUUAGUUUUAAUAGUCAAUCCUUUCUUUGGAAUUGUGACAAGUGAUCGCGCACUUUGUGCGCGAGGGCGAUGGAUUCCAACAGUGAGUUCAAGUUGGGAGCAUUGAAGAACCUGGAGCCGCUUGUGAAUCCCGUACGCCAGUACCACAACCGCUCCAAGAAAAGAACAGAUCAGAGCCAGCAAGACGAAAAUGCGCUAGCUGACGGUGGAAGCAGUUGUAGAGCAGGAGGCGAUAAAAAGUUGGCGGAGGUUCUUGCCAAAAUAGCCAGUAUGCAAAACAACAACGAUGACUGCAUCGACCGAACCAAACUAGUGAGAACGUACAAUGUGAAGUUACGACUGAAAAAGACUUCCCUGUACAAAUGCUUCGAUUGCGACAGUUGCUUUACCAAUGCCGACUUUCUGGAGUUACAUGAGAAAACACACGCUUCGGUUGAUAUGGACACAUCUGGAUCCCGACAGGAUAUUGACCUUAAUCAGGAACAGUCGUUUGAUGAAUCGGAAAUGAAUCUCAAGCAGAAUGCUUGGUUUGCAGGCGAUUUUGAUGAUACCGAGAUGGAGGAAGAGGACGAGAUGAUCCAAUUGGAUUGCACAGUAGAAGAGCGUGAGGACAAUUUUGAUAUAACCUUCGAUAGAACAAAGUGCGAGAAAACGUACACGGUAAAGUAUAAGGUUAAAAAGGAACCGGUGGGAAAAUGCGAAAGCUGCGAAAAAAUGUUCUACACACUCAGCUCACUGGAACUGCACAAACUGGAACACGAGCGAUUUAUGGAUUUUGAUGCCAUUGAACCGAAAAUUAACAUUGAUUCUCCGAGAAUUGAGGAAAGCACGAUGAUGCUGGACGAUAGCUACUAUCAAGCAAUAUCGGAGAAAGACAUCAGCGAUCUGGACGGUAGUGACGGUGGCAAUGGGACUCACCACUGUCUAGCGACAAACAUUGACACAGAAUGUCACACAACCAUUUUGAACUGCUAAAUUCUUACUUCAAGACAUAGAGUAAUAUUCUGUUGACAAAAGCUAGAAGAGCUAGGAAGUUUUAAUUUUAGUUGGCCUAGAUGUGCUAGAAGAGUGCGGAACAACAUAUGCCCCGCUGUUUAAAUAAUGCUUAUACUUUCAAUACUAACGAACAAAAUCGAACAUUGACAAGGAGCUAUUUAGUUAGUUUUUUAAAGCUUGCUGUCAAUAACAUGGUUAUAAUAUGAAAUCUAUCCGAUUAGUGGUCUCUAUGUUGGCAGAAGCGUCUAUUUUGUUUCGCGUUAAACCAGUAGCGGAUGCAACAAAAUUUUGUCGUAAAUGCUUACAUAAAGAAUCAACAAGAGACUAGAGGUGCAGCUUCAUAUUCUAUAAUAUUUAGUUGUAGUUGGUAGCGAACCUCCCCUAUGAAAUGUAAAAGAGAACGAUGGAUUACAUUUUCAGUAAAUAAAAUCAAUAUUAUUGCUAGUGA